AUGAAAUCUAAACCCUCCAAAAAUUACUAUCAAAGAAUGUUCAUUGUCAGAAAUGAAUCAGCUUAAUCAAGGAAAUACUAACUAUAUUAAUCAGCCCCUCAAACCUCUAUAUCAUUUAUGAUUAAUGGCUAAUCUCUUACUAAAACAAAAAUCAACACCUAAACCAAUCUAACACCUAAAGAAAUAAAGGUUAAGUAAGCCCUCAAAUCUAUCAAAUAUAAAUUGCAAUCAUUAAAAUUCGAAUAGUCUGAAAUUAAGAAAUAGGUAAUGCAAUAAUCAGAAACUUUCAAAUCUAAUUUGAAAUAAAUCAAAUCCAAAGAAGUAUAAAAUAUUAAUGCAAUCCAAUAAUAUUUUAAUGAGCAAAAUAAGUAUCCCUUGAUAUAUUUAUAUUUUCAAGGUUCUUCUAACAAGACAUUUAGAAACUUCAACAACAAAUAGAAGUUAUAAACCUAUUAAGUACAAUUUUUGCAAUGA